CCCCGCCUUUCUGACGUGCUCUUGCAAGCCGGGGACGCGGGGACAAGAUGAAUCCCCCGUAGCUUCGUCUUUUGCAGACAACUGUUGGAAUCUGAACCUGGAGCAUCCGAGGGCCAUUGCAAGAAUCCCCUGGCCUGAGAUCCGGUGAUCCACCCUUCGGAGUCCUCAUGGAAUGGAUCCCAGCCUCCUCGGGAUCUCUCAUUCAUCCGAUGGAGCCCGAGAGGUGGGAAGCGGCAGAGCCUCCGUCCGAGCCGGCGAGGGCAGCCGAGGAAGGGGCCGAGCUGCGCUGUGGGGCCUUUUCCAGCAACGGCUUGCAGACAUGCCAGGGGUCCCCACCCUGCCCGCUGAGCCAGGUAACCUCUGGAGUGCCCCCAGCUCCAGCUCCCUCCCGCCUAAGCCAAGCCCCAGGGGUGCCUUCCGACCGGUCCGUCUCGGGUUCGUCCACCUGUUCGUCUUUGGCCAGUUCGUCCCAGGAGUCGGAUGACGUCUUUAGCGACAUCGAAGGAAGGUCGGUCACGACAAAGAAACGAGUGCUGAGGAAGACAAAAUCCUGGAAGACCUUUUUCACCAUGGUCCACUGGUCCUUGCGACGACGCAGCUCCUGGGUGCAGUUGGCCGGACACGAAGGCAACUUCAAGCCCAGCGAAGGGGGCCAAAUCCUGAAGAAGUUCAGCGCCGUGGAGGCAGCGUGUCUGUCGGAGCUGAUGACGGACGCCCUGCGCCCUUUUGUGCCCACCUACCACGGGGUGGCAGAAGUGGGUGGCGAACGCUACAUCCAGAUGGACGACCUUCUCCGCGGGCUCCAGCACCCCAGCAUCAUGGAUUGCAAGAUGGGCACCAGAACGUACCUGGAGGACGAAGCGGGCAAGGAUCAGCCCCACGCAGCCCCCCGGCGAGACCUCUACCAGAAAAUGGUGAAGAUUGACCCCUGGGCCCCCACACCGGAGGAGCACAGCCAAGGAGCCGUCGCUAAGCCCCGUUACAUGCAGUGGAGGGAGAGCAGCAGCUCCAGCACCUCCCUGGGCUUCCGGAUCGAGGGGGUUACGAUCGAGGGGGGAACCGUGCAACGGGAUUUCAAGCAGACACGGAGCCAGGAUCAAAUUAUAGAGAUCUUUUUGAAGUUUGUGAAGAAUCGCGUGGAUGUGUUGAAAAUCUACUUGGCCCGCCUGGAGAAUUUAUGCCAAGCCUUGGAUGAGUCCAACUUCUUCAAGAGGCACGAGGUGGUCGGGAGUUCUCUGCUCUUCCUCCACGACCAGAAAGGCCAUGCCAGCAUCUGGAUGAUCGACUUUGGCAAGACUCUCCCAGCGCCAGCCCACUCCCACCUUCGCCACAACGUGGCUUGGACCCCCGGGAGCCACGAAGACGGCUACCUGAUCGGCCUGCAGCACCUGACCCACACCAUCCGGGCGACUCUGGCCAGAGCCGAGCAGAGCCAGGAGCCUCUCCUGGGUCCCUCCUGAGCCUGCGGCCCCCGGCACACAGCCGAGAGUGGUGG